UGCUGCUUCCUGCUCUCAUUAUGGCAAACCCUGGCACCCUGAACCGCUUCCGGGUCCGUCCGGCAGAGCCGCAAGACUGCUCAGAAAUCCUGCGUCUCAUCAAAGAGUUAGCUGCUUAUGAAAAUAUGCCGGAUGCAGUAAAAAUAACAGAAACAGAUUUACUUCGAGAUGGUUUUGGAUCGCGUCCUUUCUUCCACUGUUUAAUAGCGGAGGCGAGAAAGGAAGAUGAAACGGGAGAUAUCGGUGUUGUAGGCUUUGCAAUGUACUACUUUACAUAUGACCCUUGGAUUGGCAAGCUGCUGUACCUAGAAGACUUUUAUGUCAUGGAUGAUUUUAGAGGUUGGGGUAUUGGAACAGAGCUUUUAAAGAAAUUAAGCCAGAUAGCACUCGAGAACAGCUGUAGUUGCAUGCAUUUCCUCGUUGUCGUUUGGAAUAAGCCAUCUAUAGAGUACUACAUGAGGCGAGGCGCUUCAGACCUUUCCACUGAAGAGGGCUGGCAUCUCUUCAGGUUUGACAGAGAACAGCUUAUCAGAAUGGCUGAUGGGCAAUAA